GUAAAUAAAAAAAAAUUAAAUUAGUCACCACCCUAAUGUAUAUACAACAUACAUAUUUAUGUAUUUACUUUAGUAAAAAGAAUAUAUUUUAAAACCAUUUGGAUUUACGUACAUGUGUAUAUAAAUUCUAACAUAAAAUACGGAAGAAGAGAAACAUCAAUGAAUAAUUGUAAAGUUUGCAAAAAUUUCUAUUAAAAUAAAAAACCACUAAAGUUACUAGUGAAAGUGGUGGUACAAAUUGAAGACAAAAUGCCAGAGUAUAUAAUUGCCGGUACAGUGAUAAAAUUCCCUUUCGAACCAUAUGAGGUACAGCGUAACUAUAUGGAAAAGGUGAUCUUGUGUUUGCGCGACAGUACCAAUGGCGUCUUAGAAUCACCAACUGGCACUGGCAAAACAUUAAGUCUUCUUUGCUCUUCAUUGGCAUGGCUUCUAUCAAAGAAAGAGGAACUUAAAGCAAAUGUGCAAAAUACCAUACCGGAACCAGAUGAUGACAACAGAAACGAAAUAAAGGAACAAAAAGGAGAAAAAGAAAUUGUGAAAGCACCAAAGAUCAUUUAUGCUUCAAGAACCCACUCACAACUGGCACAAGCUGUGCAGGAGCUAAAGAGGACCUCUUAUUCUUUUAUGAAUGCGGUAGUUUUAGGCUCUAGAGAUCAACUCUGUAUAAAUCCUAAUGUAAUGGCAGAACAGGAAAAUGCAAAUAAAAUUCAAAUGUGCAAAUAUCUUGUUCAGAAUCACAAAUGUUCGUUUCUACUACGCAACGAGUCGCGCAAAACUGUUGCCGAUUUUUGUGAUAGUUCUAUAAUGGAUAUUGAAGAUCUGGUAAAAGUAGGGCAACAACUUAAAAUGUGCCCUUAUUAUGCCGCCAAACAACUGGUUGAAGAAGCCGAUAUUGUUUUCAUGCCCUACAACUAUUUGUUCGAACAUUCUGCCCGCAAAGCAAAUAAAAUUGAAAUAUCGAAUUCCAUUUGCAUUUUGGAUGAAGCGCAUAAUAUUGAAAAGAUAUGUGAAGAAUCCGCUUCGGCUUAUAUUAAAUCAAGCGAUGUUGCUGUGGCCAUAGAAGACACACUCCAAGUUCGAGAAGCCGUGAAUUUGGGAAAAAUUGAUCUAAAAAAAAGUGAAUCGGAUUUAAAAGUAAGUGAUUUGGAUUUCCUUAAUGAAAUGCUUUUAAAACUUCAAGAGGCUAUAGAUAAUAUAAAGGUAAAUGAACGAGAAGGAGAUACAUUUCAGGCAGAGUACAUUUUCGAUUUACUGUCUCAGGCGAAUUUAAAUUUCGAAUCCUCAAAAGUUAUUAUAGAUCUUUUAGACAAAUUGGUACAACUCAUGGUGAUAGAAUCGCAAAAUAAUCAUUUGCUUCGAAAGGGUGAUAGUGUUUUAAAAGUAUCCAAAUUUUUGGAUACUGUUUUUAACUGCGACAAAGAGAGUAUGCACAAGGUUUAUCGUAGUUUUAAGGUACAUGUCCAGAUCGAGGAACCUAAACAACCAUACGGAGUAAAUGGCUGGGUAAGGCAAGGAUUUGGCAUGGAACAGUUACUGAAAAGAAAUCCAAGAAGUGUCAUCUUAACCAGUGGUACUUUAUCGCCCAUAAAACCUCUAAUAGCUGAGUUAUGCUUACCGGUAGGCCAGCGUCUGGAGAAUCCUCAUAUAGUGCCAUCCUCGCAGGUUUAUUGCAAAAUAUUAGGUUAUGGCCCAGAUAAUGAACGAUUGGAAUCCGACUAUAAAAAUCGUGGUAAUCCAAAAUAUAUACAUUCGUUGGGUUCUACUAUUUUAAAUGUAGCCCGUAUUGUACCCGAUGGUUUAUUGGUUUUCUUUCCCUCGUAUCCUUUACUUAAUCAGUGUGCAAACACUUGGCGGGCUUCUGGUUUAUGGGCCGAAAUAUCACGUCACAAACCAAUAUUUAUAGAGCCUAGAGGUAAAGAUGAAUUUAUUAAGAUCAUGGAGUCAUUUUAUGAUAGCAUAAACAAUUCAAAAGGAGCUUGUUUCCUGGCGGUUUGCCGUGGCAAAGUGUCUGAAGGUCUUGAUUUUGCAGACCGCAAUGGUCGAGCCGUUAUUAUAACUGGUUUACCACUUCCUCCAUUAAAAGAUCCCAAAGUUAUUUUAAAACGUAAAUAUUUGGAUGAAAAUCAUACAAGAGAAAAUGAAAAUCGUACAAGAGAAAAUGAGCUACUUACAGGUACAGCUUGGUAUUCAUUGGAGGCCACACGUGCAGUUAAUCAGGCCAUAGGUCGCGUUAUACGUCAUCAUAAUGAUUAUGGUGCAAUUUUGCUGUGUGACAUACGUUUCCAACGGCCAACCCAAGUAAAACAACUAUCCAAAUGGGUACGAGAUAUUUUAGGAACUAGCCCUAAUAGUUCAGCAUUUGGUCCUUUGGUAAAGGAAUUGACAGAUUUCUAUAAAUAUAUAGGGAUAAGUGCAGGUAAGUCACAGAAAUGCUGCAAUAAAUCACUGAUAUCUGAUCUUACUCAAAAGUCUGAUGAUGCAGAAGUUGUUCAGGGCAAAUAUCCUCCAGGUUCUAAAGAAAUAUUGAGUGAGGUUAUUUUAACGGAAGAAAAACAGCCAAUGUCGCCUAAAGACUAUAAUACUGAACCUUCGAUAAUUGAUACUGUUCAAGAUUCUAAAGAAAUAAUGCGAAACGAGAAUAGAUAUCAAAGUGUCCACAAUGAGAUCAUUGUGAUAGAAGAUGAUGAAUAUUCUGUACCAUCUGGGUCACCUAAAGACUAUGUAGAAACUUCGAUAAGCGAUAUUUUUAAAGACCAAAAUGAUGUAAUACAUGAUGAAGUUGAAACAUCAAUAAGUGAUAAUGUUCUGGACACACAAACUCUUUUUAGGAAAUAUUUUCCAGCAUCUGCUCAAAGUGAAGUAAACCAAACUAAAUUUCAAAAUGCCAACAAUGAUAUCAUUAAAAUAAAGAAAGAGAAUGCAAUAGAAUUAGAAACACCUUACGACGAUGCUGAGACUUCGAUUAGCAAUCAUUUCGAAGAAGUUGAUACAGAAGUACAUCAUAGUAAAUAUAUUCCAAAUACUAGUAAAACUACAGCAAAAGAAAAUAAUUUUCAAAAUGCUCCCAAUGAGAUCAUUAUAAUAGAAGACCAAGAAGAACAGUCAAUACCAUCAUCUAACGACUCUACAUCAACUACCGAACAAACAUGUGGCAGUAAACUAUCGAGUGCUAUUGAUAAUUCUACAAUUUUGCCUUCUUGUAGCAGUUGUCCAUCGCAAAAUUUUGUUAAAAUACACAAACGAGAUCACAGUCCAUUAAGUCAAACGAACUCCAUAUGCUCAAACAAAAGGGAAACAAUAAACCUAAAGAAAAUAAAAUUAGAACAAAGUUGGAGCUCAAAUACCACUGUGGACGCAACCGCAUCAUCACCAUUGUCAUCAUCAUCAUCAUCUCAGUUGUCAAAUAGUAGCAUCCAAACACAAAGUGUGAAUAAUCCGAAGGUACCUAAAAGCAGAGCUGGCUUCAUGGGAUAUAUUCGCCGUAUUUUACCUGUCACUGACUACAAUAAUUUCACAAAGGCUUUGGUGGACUACAAAGAUAAUAAUGAUACCAUUGACAAUCUGUUGGAUGUAUUAUUUGGAAUAUUUGGUAAACCAAACUUAUUAUACGUGCUGAAUGCUACGAUACGUUUUUUAAAACCUGAACAUCUCGUACAAUUUGAUGAACGUAUUGCAGAUUUAUGCUGCGUUUACAACGAAGAGGAAUUCCAGUCAAUACCAAUUUCUAAUCAAAAUACUUUUAAUUUGUAGUUAAUAUUUGCAUGUAGUGUGUAUGUAAUUUUUAACUAAUUUUAAACUAUGUACAUAUGUACAUAUAUAAAAUGUAGAAUAUUUUUGCACUUAAGUUAACUUAGUACUAUUAUCUUGUCUACCUUAUGAAUGUAAUGAGUGCAUCCUAGUAAUCAUAAUUAUAAAAUGACUAUUUGGUCAAUAAAAAUGUUGUAAUUCUUUUAAA